UGCACUUAGAGUUCUUUUGCCAUCUCGACCUGUAUUUUGUGACUCCCUCUUUACCAGAAAAAUGUAUGCAGCUAUUGCGCUCGUCGUCUUCAUGUGCCUGACUGCCAGCACCCGUGCAGAUCAGCAUCAUCAGCCUUGUCAUGCACCCAAUAUGACAGGAUUCAUGAGUGUGUUAUCACUGAAGGGUGACGUGAAAGCAUUCGGUGCAUUCACUUAUGAUUCAAUGGGCAAGAAGCUUCGGUUCAGAUCAAACGAGAGCCACCCCACCAACACGUCCAUGGGUUUGGAUCUGCUGAUGUUUUUCGAUGAGGGGAUAUUCUAUGAGAUUGACAGCAAAAACCAGAGCUGCGAGAAAAAAACAUUGCAAUGCACUCAGCACCCUCUGGAUAUCCCCGACGAUGCAACGUUCUUGGGUACAGUGAACACUGGGAGUGCAUCCAUUGAAGGGGAGGGAUUAAAAACCAACGUAUGGACAGGAUCAAUGCCAGACAUGAAAGGCCACUACUCCAUGUCUGUAACCAUGGGAUGUUUGCCUGUGUGCACGAUGUACUACCAUGAGUCCACAUCAUUCAUGGUCAGCAUCACAGAGGUUGAAGUCGAGAUCAAGGAUCCUGAUCUUCUCGUGGUGCCUGCCUGUUGUCUGGGCCAGCCUUUGGAGGAGACACCUGAAGGGACGGUCCAUAGCUUCCUCAACGAGUUCAUGUAGAUGAAACCUCGCCGGCAGGAAAUCAAACCCCUAUACAAGUGUGGCCUGCCAGAUGUUUAGACUUUUCUUUGCUUUUCAUGUGUGACUUGAGCUUUUUAUGUGUGACACUGCACUACAUCACAGCUGUUUCCAUCACAUCUUCCACUCCCUUAUGAAGAUAUGGCUUUGAAUGGAUCAUCCUGUAUACAAACACUCUGAUGUAAAAGAAAGAGAUAUGAUAUGGAUUAUAGAAUUAGGCAUAAUUACUAACAGUUUGGUGGAUUUUAAAGUUGGUACUGCUUACAAAACCUGUAAGACAUGAUUAAUGGAACAAUAAAAUGUCAAAGCUGUC